CUUCGGCUCACUUUCGAUCAAAGCUAAGAUUUGUAUGUGGUCACACCGCCACCGCGCGAGGUGCAACUCGUGACUCUUGGAGUUGGAGUUGGGACUAACAGUCUAUAUAAAGCACGCUCUCGGUCGCUGCAUUGAUCUCUCCGCUUUCCCCCAAGUGAGCAACCGUGGCUUACGGCGAAGUCGGGAUACACUCGCCCCUCCUUCCGCAGGUAUAGAGCGCUUAUCAAUCACCAACGCCAGGUAGACGAAUCAGUCACCAUCUACCUCCUGACUGCGCACUCCCCACUUUCAAACCUCUCCGCCAUCCAAGACACAACCUCCUCAUCCGCAUUCGACUCACACAUCAUGUCUUCUUUGCCAGCUGGCGAGGGCGGUGUCGGUGGUCCCGUUAGCCACUCUGCCCCCUUGACGGCUGCUGGUGAGCGCAAUGAAGCGCACAGCUCUUCGCCCACCGAUGUCGAAUCGUCCAGCAUCGAAGAGUCACUGGAGAAUCACGGCGAAGGCGUCAAUGUGGAGCGCGCCAAGGAGGAAUUUGCCAACCUCGGCCGCACUCUCAGCACUGAAGCUCGCGCCGCUGAGAAGGAAAAGGACAUCGAGGGCGCUAGCGACGACGACGAAUUCAGUCUUCUCGACUACCUCCAGAGCAACACAUCUGCCUCCAGCCAGGCUGGCAUCAAGCGCAAGCGUGUCGGCGUCGUCUGGGAAAACCUGGAAGUCCUCGGCAUGGGCUCUCUGACUUUGGGCGUCCGAACUUUCCCCGACGCGCUCGUGCAGAACUUUGGUGCACCCCUUUUCAUGAUACUCCAAUUGCUCAAGGUGGAUCUGCUCAAGCUGGGACAGCGCAAACUGCUUCAAAACUUCAAUGGUUCAAUGCGUCCAGGCGAGAUGACCCUCGUGCUCGGUCGACCAGGCUCAGGUUGCUCCACCUUCCUCAAGACUAUAGCCAACGAACGCGGUGGAUACAUUGGCGUCAACGGCGAGGUCACUUACGGGGGCAUGCCCGCCAAGCUCUUCACCAACAGGUACCCGGGAGAAAUCGUCUACAAUGAAGAAGAUGACAGGCAUUUCCCCACUCUCACCGUCGGCGAGACUCUCGAGACUGCACUCAGACUCAAGUCUCCCGGUCGCUUGCUCCCAGGCGAGUCGAAGAAGGAAUUCAGGGAAAAGGUCGUCAACAUGCUCCUCAGCAUGCUCAACAUCAGGCAUACACGCGACACCAAAGUCGGUGACGCCUACGUACGGGGUGUGUCUGGCGGUGAACGCAAGCGCGUCUCGGUCGCUGAGAUGCUCUGCACGCGUGCUGCCGUCUUGUCUUGGGACGGGCCUAGCCGCGGUCUCGACGCCAGUAGUGCUCUGGACCUCGCCAAGAGUCUUCGCAUCCUCACGGACGUUCUUGGCCUUUCCACUUUCGUCUCUCUCUACCAAGCGGGCGAGGGUAUCUAUGAGCAGUUCAACAACGUGAUGGUCAUCACUGAAGGUCGCUGCGUCUACUACGGACCCAGGGAGCAAUGCAGACCGUACUUCUGGAGCCUGGGCUACAAGGACCUCCCCCGCCAAACCAGUGCUGAUUACGUCGCUGGCUGCACUGACAAGUACGUUCGUGUCUUUGCCGACGGCCGCGACGCGUCCAAUGUCCCCUCCACGCCCGAGGCCCUUGAGGCGGCUUACCAAGCAAGCGACAUCUACCGGAAGGUCAUCGCGGACAAGGAUACGUACAAGUCUGAGCUCGAGAAGGACUCUAGCGCAGCGGAGGAGUUCCGCCAAGCCGUGAUGGAAGACAAGAACCAUGGUGUCGGCAAGAAGAGUCGAUACACUGUCAACUAUUUGCAACAGGUCAAGGCCCUCUGGAUCAGACAAGUCCUAAUGAUCCUCAAUGAUAGGAGGGAUCUUGUCAUUGCCUACAUCACCUCACUCAUUCUCGCAUUGGUCAUCGGUUCUCUAUUCUACCAGAUCGAGGUCAACGCAGCUGGCGCCUUCACUCGCGGUGGUGUCAUCUUCAUCACGCUGCUCUUCGGAUCUCUCAGCGCCUUUGCGGAAUUGCCAACUCAGAUGGGAGGCCGCCCGAUCCUUUUCAGACAAAGCCACGGAUUCGCGUUCUAUCGUCCCUCGGCUCUCACUAUCGCCCAUCUUGCCGCAGAUUUCCCGACUGGUAUUCCCAAGAUCACAAUGUUCGUCAUCAUCAUCUACUUCAUGGCUGGUUUGAGGUACACCGCAGGUGCCUUCUUCACCUUCUGGAUCCACGUCAUCCUAGCGAACUACACUUUCCGAGCGCUUUUCUCGCUGUUCGGAACUGUCUGCAGGUCUUACGACGUUGCGGCGCGUCUCGCCGCAUCAGUCAUGUCUGGUCUUGUGCUGUUUGCGGGCUACGUGCUUCCACGCGAUGCCAUGCCUCGAUGGCUCUUCUGGAUUUCUUACUUGAACCCAAUCUACUACUUCUUCGAAGCGUUGAUGCUGAACGAGUUCCGUGGUCUCGACCUCGCAUGUGAUGCCGCAUCCGGUUAUCUUGUGCCUUCGGGAUUUCCCCAGUACAACAACAUCCAGUACCAAACAUGUACUCUGCAAGGAGCGGAGCUUGGGCAGACCUCAGUUCGAGGUAUCGACUACCUGCGCGAGUCGUUUGGCUUCGAGCUCUGGCAUCAAUGGCUCAACCUCGGCAUCGAAUUCAUCUUCUUCUUUGGCUUCACUGCUCUCACCGCAUUCUUUGUUGAGACAAUGGAGCAAGGAUCGUACUCUUCGGCCAUCGUUUUCAAGAAGAAGCCCAAUGCAGAAGAGCAGAAGCUCAACGCCCGUCUCUCUGAGCGUCGUGAGCUGGUCCUCGAAGGCAAGACGGACGAAGUCGAACUCAAGGCAGAAGGACGUGCGUUCACCUGGGAGAAUCUUUCGUACACCGUACCUGUCAAGGGCGGGCAAAGACAAUUGCUUGACAACAUCAACGGCUACUGCGUACCCGGAUCUCUGACCGCUCUCAUGGGCGCCAGUGGUGCAGGAAAGACUACUCUUCUUGACGUCCUUGCUGAUCGCAAGAGCGUCGGCAAAAUCGAAGGCGACCGUCUGGUCGAAGGACGUCCAGUCGACACGGAAUUCCAACGCGCUUGCGGAUAUGCUGAGCAGCAAGAUCUGCACGAGCCUACUGCCACGGUCCGAGAAGCCCUUCGAUUCAGUGCAUACCUGCGUCAAGACUACCACACGAGCGAGGAGGAGAAGAAUCAGUACGUCGAAGACAUUAUCGAGCUCAUGGAGAUGCAAGACAUUGCCGAUGCUAUGAUUGGAUGGACCGUCGCUGGUCUUAGCGUCGCGGAUCGCAAACGUGUCACCAUCGGUGUCGAGCUGGCAGCCAAGCCCAACCAGCUGCUCUUCCUCGACGAACCCACCAGUGGUCUCGAUGGUGCAUCUUCCAUGACCAUCGUCCGUCUUUUGCGCAAGUUGACCCACGCAGGUAUGACUAUCCUCUGCACAAUCCACCAGCCUAGCAGUCUUCUGUUCGAGCACUUCGAUCGCCUUCUGCUGCUGGAGCGUGGUAUCAUCAACAGCGAUGGUACCAGCACUGGCGGGCGCACGGUCUACUUUGGCGACAUCGGAACUGGCUCCCAGCACCUCAUCGACUACUUUGAAGCCAAUGGCGCCAAGAUGCCUGCCGACGUCAACCCUGCGGAAGCAAUGCUCGAUAUCAUUGGAGCUGGAUCUCAAAAGCGUGUUGGCCCUCGUGACUGGGCAGAUAUUUACAACGAAUCAGAGCUCAACCGCGUUAAUUUGGAGAAGAUCCAGGAGAUCAAGCGAGACUGCCUCGAAAAGCCCUCGCAGCGAGGUCAUAUUUCCGAAUAUGCCACCCCGUUCAUGUACCAGAUCAAGACUGUCGCCAACCGCACAUUCUUGGUCAGCUGGCGCACUCCCGACUACCAAUUUACUCGACUGUUCCAGCACGGCGCUUUUGCUCUUUUCACUGGUCUCGUCUUCCUCCAGCUCGGCAACAACGUCGCAAGCAUCCAAUUCCGCAUCUUCGGUAUCUUCAUGACCGCGGUCUUGCCGGCUAUCAUCUUGGCAUCCAUUGGUCCUAUGUACAUCAUCGCACGUUCCACCUUCUUGCGAGAGAAUUCUUCCAAGAUGUACACGCCAGUCGUUUUCGCUCUCACGCAAAUGAUGGCCGAGAUUCCAUACGGAAUCUUGUGCGCUGUCGUCUACUUCUUGCUCUUCUACUUCGUCACAGGUUUCCAAUCGGACUCCAACCGCGCCGGCUAUUUCUUUGCCCUUCUUUUGGUCUUGGAAUUCUUCUCCAUCGGCCUUGGUCAAGCGAUGGCUGCGCUUACUCCUUCAAUCUACGUCUGCACGCUUUUCAUUCCGUUCAUCGUCCUAACCUUCAGUCUGUUCUGCGGCGUCACCAUCGUCUACGCCACCAUGACGCCAUUCUGGCGCGCCUGGCUGUACUGGCUGAACCCGCUUACACACACUGUUGGAGGAUUCAUUGCAAACGAGCUGCAAGAUCUCAGGAUUCGAUGCGACCUCAACGAAUUCGCCAUCUUCGACCCACCAAGCGACCAAACUUGUCAAGCGUAUGCAGCAGACUUCUUGCGCACUGCCACCGGCUACUUGGACAAUCCAGGAGACUCUGAAGCUUGCCGAUACUGUCAAUACGAGUUCGGCCAGGAAUUCUUCGCACCGAUCAAUGUCAGCUUCGCAAAUCGUGGUCGCUCGAUCGGUAUCAUGAUUGCCUUUGCGGCAUCAAAUUGGAUCAUCACGGUUCUUGCCGCCAAGUAUACUCGAUUCGCAAACAGAUGAACAAAAUUGCGUCGUUGCCUCAUCGUCGGUUCGUUGGGUGCAACCCAUCGACCGCGUACAUACUGCUUCCACACAUAGAUUGAUACGCCACUUUAGUGCUUCCGAUCGGCGCAAGCAGCUCCCGCUAGUUUCUUCCUACCAAUACGAUUUCCACGCUACCAUGUAAGAUCUCAAUAGACUACGCGCGAGUCAGACCAGAGCAGCAAUCAAUACCCGUAAAUGUGA